CACCUUGGUAGAGUGAGUGGCUUGGCUCUACACCACAAGUAUUCAUCCCUAUACUCCUCCUUUGCGACGUUUGCCUGGAUCGAUAUCUUAGGACGUAAACUCAGAAUAGAUCCACUGGUUGUCACCAACACACGUCGCCCAGCAUGGACCCUGGAUUUAACCCGGAUGAGAUUGCUCCAAUUGCCAUUCUCAUGGACGAGCUUCGCUCAGAGGACGUACAACUACGUCUCAAUGCCAUCCAUCGCAUCUCCACCAUCGCCCUCGCUCUCGGACCAGAACGCGCCAGAGAGGAGUUGAUACCCUUUCUUCAAGACUCUGUAGACGACGAAGAUGAAGUCCUACUUGCCCUUUCCGAGGAGCUGGGUCGUAAUUUCGAAGAGUACAUUGGUGGCCCCCAGUUCGCCCAUCUCUUGUUGGGGCCGUUGGAAAACCUAUCUGCCGUAGAAGAGACGUUGGUGAGGGAUAAAGCGGCCGAAUCUAUCACCAAGAUUUCUGCUAUCCUUAGCUCCCAGCAGAUCGAACAGUACUACAUUCCCCUCCUCCAGAAGCUGUCGCGCGGCGAAUGGUUCACUUCUCGCACAUCUGCCUGUGCUCUCUAUCACCCUGCGUACGAUAAGGUCUCGCCACAAAUCCAGGACGAUCUGAGGAGGGGCUUCGCGUCAUUGGGAUCUGAUGACACGCCGAUGGUUCGGAGGGCUGCAGCCAAGUGGCUUGGACACUUCGUCAAGAAGUUGUCGAAACAACACGUCCUGAACGAAGGUCUCACUAUCUACCGCCGCCUUCAGGGUGAUGACCAAGACUCUGUCCGCCUACUAACGGUCGAGGACUUGAUUGCGAUUGCGCAGCAGCUGACACCAGCUGAAGCGAAGGAGCAGCUUUUGAAGCAGAUUCGCCAGUCCAUGACAGACAAGAGCUGGCGCGUGCGGUACAUGGCGGCGUCGCAUUUCAAUGAACUCGCUGAAGCUGUUGGUCAAGAGUUGGUCAAGGAUGAGCUCAUACAGCACUACGUUCAGCUUCUCAGGGACAAUGAAGCUGAAGUCCGUACUGCCGCUGCUGGCCAGAUACCAGGCUUCUCCAAGCUCUUAGACAAGGAAGUCAUCUUGCUGCGCAUCAUUCCCUGCGUCCGCGACCUUUGCCAGGACACCUCUCAGCACGUCCGCGCUGCUGUCGCGAUUCAGAUAGCUGGCCUCGCACCGCUCCUUGGAAAAGAGGCAACCAUCGAACACCUUCUCCCGCUGUUCUUGCAUCUGCUCAAGGACGAAUUCCCCGAAGUUCGGCUGAACAUCAUCAGCAAGCUCGAAACCGUCAAUCAAGUAAUCGGUAUCGAGCUGCUGUCGGAAAGCCUGCUACCAGCCAUUAUCGAACUUGCUGAAGACAAAUCCUGGCGAGUCCGGCAGGCAAUUAUCGAGCACAUCCCCCUGUUGGCGACGCAGCUCGGCAAGCCGUUCUUUGACGAGCAGCUCGGUAACCUCUGCAUGUCUUGGUUGGGAGACAACGUGUACAGCAUUCGUGAAGCUGCAACUGUCAAUCUGAAGAAGUUAGCGGCGGUGUUCGGCGUGGAGUGGGCGAAGUCUCAAAUUGUCCCGAAAGUCAUUGGCAUGGGCCAGCAUCCCACAUACUUAUUCCGCAUGACAACGGUUCAGGCCAUCACGACCAUUGCGCCUGUCCUCACCUUGGACAUCAUCAGCGGUGAUAUCAUAGAGACACUGCUUCAGCUUGGACAGGACCCCAUCCCGAACAUCCGUUUCAACGUUGCCAAAUCGCUCGAGGUCCUCGCUUCCACGUUUGGUAACGCGCCUGAAGGCAAGCAGCUUGUACUACAGAAGAUUGUCCCGACGUUGGAGGCUCAGCAGAAGGACCCGGAUGCCGACGUGCGGUUCUUCGCAUCAAAAGCGCUGCAGCAAGUUCGUGCGCUCGAAGGAGCAUAAGCAUAGGGUUUUGGUCUCGAACGGUCUCGCGAAAGCCCGUGCUGUUCAUCAUAUUGUGGUCCUAAAGUACGAAUUGGUAUCAUAUGUAGUUUACGAAACCGGUUUCAACGUGAUGCAA